ACUGCAGGACCGAACAGCGUAGGUAGAUUCAGGAGGAGGGGGCAGAGGGGCCUCUGGAAAUAUGGAACCACUUAGGGCCCAGAGAGCACACACCCUGCAAAGGGUUAAAGAUGGCGAUGGGAUAAGUGGAGCUCGUUUAUCGCAAAUUUGACAGUGGUAGGUUUUUGUAGAGUUUUCCCUCCAAACGGGCAGUUUGUGGAAGCAGAGGAGUCUUUUCGCUCUCCUGCAGCUGCUCCUCUUGUUUAUGACCGACCGUCUCCUCCUAUCAGCCUUAAAACAUCUUUUUGAAACAGAACUGAGGAGAAGAGGAAAUCUGCCUUGUGUUUCAGCGCUUUCAUUGCUGCUUCAGGCCUUCCACUUCACCCCAUCCAUCCGUCCUGUUCUUCCAGCUUUCUUCAGACCUUUCAUCCUCCCCUGCCUCGUCUUUCUUCGUGGAGCUGAUUUUCCCAACCUGCCAGCCCUGGAGACCCUGCAGAUGCCUGGAGCCUGGCGCUGAAGCCGGCGCUCGCCAGCAGCCCAGAUGCAUUUGCAACUCUUUGCCAUUGUGAUGUCCUUGUUUUGUGAGGUGAUCAGGAUGGGGUCCGGCGUCACGCAGAAGCAGAGCGCUCACAAGGAGACAUCUGAGGACUGUCAGAGCUGUCUGGAGUGUUCCCGGGACAACGGCUGUGUACGCUGUCCAGAGCGACUCUUCCUGUUCCUCCAGAGGAAAGGGAUGUCUCAUCAUGGAACUUGUCUCCACUCCUGUCCUGCUGGACACUUUGGACAGAGAGGGAGGGACGUGAACCGCUGCAUGAAAUGCCGCUCAUUGGACUGUGAGCAAUGCUUCAGUCGGGACUUCUGCACCAAGUGUAAGCCUGGCUUCAAGCUGUACAGAGGCAAAUGUUUGAUCCAUUGCCCAGAGGGAACCUUCGCUCACCAGACAGACUGCCUCGAGGACUGUUCUCCACCAGGCGAGUGGAGCGAGUGGAGUGUCUGCACGCAUGACGGUGCCACCUGUGGUUUCAGAUGGGGGAAGCAGACCAGGGUUCAGGAGGGCAGCCAGAGCGGGAGAGCAGCUGGGGUGUGUCCGCCCCAAAGGGAAACCCAAAGGUGCAGGAUGAAGAAAAAGUGUCCCGCAGAAGAAAGAUUGGAAAAGGAGGACUUGGAAGAAAGAAGGAGAGAAAACGAGUGCGACUCUUCGCCAGAACCCGCUCAGCUACGGCAGCAGCAGAAACCAGCAGAGUGCUCCGAGGCGCCUGAAUCGGAUCCAGAUGAACCGCCGGAGCUCACGCCCGUCUGCUGACAGCAGAGAUCCGUCAGCCGCCCUGCAGCUCGUUUCCAUGCAGCUGAUUCAUCUGGAAAAUGGAGGAAAAGUAACACCUGUACAGAGUGGAAAUGUUUUAGUUUCUUCCCAUAACCUGUGGAGAAAAAAAAAUCCAGUGAGGGAUUUAAAAAAAGCAAAAAUUAAGUCAAGAAUUAAUUUCUUUAUGGUGUUCUGCUCAUCUGCACUGAUCCAAAAUUAUAUUUAAUUAGGUUUUCUGUUUAAUUUGGUCCAUUUGCUUUAUCAGAGUGGUGAAGUAGAUCCAAAGUAUGAGCAUAAAAGCCCGGUUCGUCUGGGUCAGUAUGGCCCAGUUUAGUCCAACCACGAUCCAACUCAAUGUAGAAUGGUUUAAAUCCACUUUGACCAGGACUGCAUCGACAAAUGGCCGCCUGAUAUCCUCUAUAUGGAGAUAUACGGUCAGAUAGAAGCAUACGAACCAUAGGAUCCAGGAAAGAUCAAAAGAUCAGAGCAGAAGCUCCACCAACCGGGUCACCAACAGGACCAUGAUACCAAACACUGCAGAACCCCCCCACACACACACACACAUAGGAAAAUGUCCAGACAUCUGGAGGUUUUAUUUAUGAGUAAUUUUGCUCUGUUCUUCCUACAGCAAAAAAUGUUUUGUACAUGGAGAUUUUAAAGAAACAUAUUUCAUAAUUUAAAAGGAAAUCUAGAAAAAAAAAAAAAAGUUUUCUUAGAUUGUAUUCUUUUUUUCAAGAUUACAGAUUAUUACCCUUUACUUUAAGCCCAAUGAAGAUGUUGUUACUAACGUAGAGCAGACCAAGAAAAAAAUGCUUCAUUGCUCCUCAUUCCAGAGGAAAGCCCAGGAGGGAAGAUGAUGUCAUCUACAGAACACAAUUUGAGAAAAGGAAGGAGGAUGAAAUACAUGGAAAUUGGGCAGAAAAAAUACAUUUAAAAAAAGCUUUUGUUUUCUAACUUAAAAUCUGUAAUAUAAAUAAAUAAAUCAAAGAAAAACAA